AUGAACUACAUAAGUGUGGAAGUCGAUUCUGUACCUAUCGACGCGAUAGCCUGUCCUACGAACUCAUGCCAGCAAAUCCGUCUCUAUCUCCUUCCUGCACAGGGACCGGUCCCCUCAGCUGAGGAAGUUCACCCCGAGAAAGUGGAGACCACCAGGCGUGCCUCGCCGGCACUGUACCAUCCCCAGCCACGUUUCCCUAUCAGCGCAGCGGGCGCUACCGUCGCGGGUCAUCACCGGCACCGGUCCGGAGGGGCGCGCCUUGGCACGGAAGACUUGGGUGCGGCCCCCGACGCGCUAUAG